AUGCGAUCAAAAUAUCAUUGGACUGCUUUAAGUGCCUUAGUGUUGUGUUCGAUAUCAAACACAAUAUUUGCCAUAGGACACUCAGACUUUACGAAAAAUUAUCAGUAUUAUCCGAAGGAAUCUUCCUCGGAAAAUGAAAUUUAUUCCAAUAACCAAGUAUUAUCAAACUCUGAUGAUUUUUUGACAAUAGUCGAUGAUUCCAAAAGUGAAAGGACUGAAAAUAAAAUAAGUAUUUCGUUUAAUAUUAAUAGUGAGAUUAAUAAUGAUAUCCAACCAAGCCAAAAUAGUUUCAACGAGAUUUUAAAUAAUUUUGAAAAUGAUCCGAAUUUAUCGCAAGUGCUGCAAGAUGAUAUUUUAUUGGGAAUUCUAGAUAAAAAUGCUAUUGUGAAAAAUAUUGGAAGACCUCAGGAAUCCGUUUCUGACAACAGAGGUAGAAGGAUUAAAAAAUUUAAACGAUCCGUCAAAAACGCAAAAAAGAAAAACAAACCUUCUAAAAAUGCUUCUUCAUCUGGUUCCAAAAGUGGUAAAAAAUUACCAGCUUCUAGUAUUAAUAUUAAAGUUGAUUGCAACGAAACAAAAUCAAAACCGCCUUCAUUGGAAAACGAGGAUGCAAUAAACCAAAUGUUUAAGAAUCAUGCUGUACUUGCCGAUAUCAUCAGCAAUUCUGAAAAUGCAGGCCCUUAUGAAUUAAAUACUAGAAAAACACGAGCCAGAUUCUAUUCCAAUCCUGGCCACGAUGAUGAAUCUGUGUCUGCUUUUUCGACAGGAAAUUCAUUUAGGGAUCGGUUGUCAUUUGGGGAUUCCUUGAAUCCAAAUCAGUUUUCGUCAAAUUAUCCUUAUGGGAUUUCUUCGCCAAAUCAGAGACAAAAUAAUGCUGAUGAUGCAGAAAGAGUUAACUUCAACUAUGAAGAAGAGCUGACGCCGACGCGGAUUGUGAGACUGAAACAAGGUCUUGUCCAAGGGCAAAUCGUAGAAGCAAAAAUGCAACAUGCCUUACCAGGCGUGGAAAGAUAUCUGGGAUUGCCAUAUGCAGCUGCUCCUGUUGGCGGGUUGAGAUUUAUGCCUCCUGGAACAGCUCCUCCAUGGACAGGUUUGCGGUCAGCCAAUCAUUUGCCUCCCGUUUGCCCGCAGACGCCACCGCCGCUAACGGCGUCGUCAAUGGGCCGAAAUCCUUCAUCAUCCGGAGGCUCCGGAGUAUCCCCCGGAAGGUAUGCCCAAUUAAAAAGGCUACUUCCUUAUCUGAGGAACCAGAGUGAGGAUUGUUUGUACUUGAACAUAUACGCUCCUUUGCAAGAAUUAGAAUCAAACAAAUAUCCAGUACUAGUUUUCAUCCAUGGUGAAUCUUAUGAAUGGGGCAGCGGUAAUCCAUAUGAUGGAUCAGUCUUGGCAGCCUAUGCGAGAGUGGUUGUCGUCACUGUCAACUUUAGGCUGGGCAUUUUGGGGUUUAUGCGUCCAGGUAUUAAUGAGCAUACAGUAUCAAAUUUUGCACUUUUGGACCAAAUAGCGGCUUUGCAAUGGAUAAAAGACAACAUUGAACGAUUUGGUGGAGACAGAGGUGCUGUCACAGUUGCAGGUCAUGGCACUGGUGCGGCCUGUGCAAGCCUUCUGAUGGUCUCGCCCGUUGCAAAUGGAUUGUUUCAUCGUGCGAUUCUUAUGUCAGGAUCAGCAUUAUCCGAUUGGGCAAUGGCAAGUAACCCACUACAGUCCACAAUGCAAGUAGCCCAAAGUUUAAAUUGUCCCUUGGGUGAAAGAGACGAGGAAAUGGUAGCAUGUUUGAGAAAAAAGAGGCUUUCAGAAAUUAUGGCGAUUAGAGUAUCUGCUCCAAAAUACUCCACACCAUUCGGCCCGGUCGUAGACGGCCAAGUUGUUCCAAAUGACCCUGAUCUAGUCAUGAGAAAAUAUAAUAAUUUAUUUAGCAGAUACGAGUGUUUGUAUGGCGUGACAGAACAAGAGUCGUACCAUUUACUCAGUGGACAUGCUCUUUUACAUGGUAUGGCAGAGGCUGAUAAAGAUUCUGCUUUGAGGUUUUACUUUCAAUCGAGGUUUGAAUAUCGUCCGGACCUAGCACUUGCCAGCACUGUCAGAGAGUAUUCUUCUAUAAACCAUGACAUCGAUGCAUCGCCUCUUCGAUCUCUGGCCACUGCCCAUCGAGACGUGUUACUGGACAUAUUGAGCGACGCCAGGGUGAUCGCUCCGCUUGUACUCACUGGUCACUAUCACUCCCGAGUUAAUGCCCAAUCUUACAUGUACGUGUUCGCCCACAACAGCCAAUAUGGGCCGUACGCGGAUUUGGAAAAAAGUGUUCACGGUGAAGAUCUGGCUUAUUUCUUCGGUGCUCCUGUGGAAUAUAGAGGAGGACCUUUUAUAACGGACUAUUUACCGCAGGAAGCCUUGCUCUCAGAAGUUGUGAUGACAUUUUUUACUAAUUUUAAAUAUUUAAAUCCAAAUGCUCCUCGAAAAACAUCGUUCUUGCACAUGAGCCCUCUGGAUUGGAGAGAAUUCGAUCUGGAAUGGCCUGAAUACAAUUCAAAAAAUCAAUCAUAUUUAUUUCUUAGUGUACCUCCUAAUAUUGCUCAUAAAUACCGGGUGCAUUACACAAAAUUUUGGAACCAAGAACUUCCAGAAGCAUUAAUAAAUGGAACAUCUUACACGUCCGGGGCCGGUGAUUUUGGGUCAAACAGACUUUCCUUAAAUACACCUGGAGGAGGUGCUUUGGGAAGAAUGAUACCUGAAUCUCGGGAUAAUAGACAAGAGGGCGGACGAGGGUAUGCGAAUAUGAAUCAUAGGCCAGGUUCUCCGUCUCGUGACUAUGGUACAUUCCGCAGAUAUCCCCAUGAAUAUGAUCAAUCCAUGAGGACGACUACCAUGGAUCCUUUUGUCGCCAUUAAAGUCCUUACUGGUCGAGCACCAGGAUUAAUGGAUGGACCUCCCAGAUCCGACGACGAAAUUGAUGAUCACAUUGAUCAUAACGAUUUUGAGGGCAACGAAAAUAUGAGCGAAGUUGGAUAUCAAGGUGCAUCUAUGACUACAAGCGUGAUUAUAGCAAUUGGUUUGACGGUUUUGUUGAUAAAUUCAUUGGCCAUUGCGUUGUUCUAUUAUCGCAAAACCAAAAGAGCAAGAAGUUCCCAAUCUAGCGGUCAGUUGCCUCCCAGAACUUACAGCACAUCACCACCACGUGCUACCACAAUCGAUUUUCUUGAAGAAAACUCGUACGGAAAUCCCACAGUUAAUCGAAGCAAUAAUCAAAGAACUGUAGGUUUCGCAAGCAUUUUAUCGACAAGUCAACCGAGUAACGGAGAGUCUAAAGCUCGUAAAUUUUUCCGCAAUUUUUUAACAAGAAACAGCAGUAAUAAUGAUGGAGCAAGCAAUGGUAAUGGAUUUUUUUCAAGUAGUGCUAGCAAAUCCUCGUCGAGUCGAAGAUCACAGUCGGCAACGGUAAAACCAAAAACUGAGAAACAUUCCCGAGUAAGAGACUGGAUACAACAAGAAAUUGUUCAUAGAUGUAGUCCUAAAGAAAGAAGGAAGGAUAGUGUCAAUCCUACACCAAUAAUACAACUUAAGCAAUCACAUUUGCCAAAACCGAAUGCCAAACGAGGGGCGUUGACUGGAUCAUUGAAAGCACCAGUGAAUUUUGUGUGCGCCAACACCACUGCUCCUAAUCCAAUGACUUCCAAUCCGGUAUCAGCAACUUGUACCGAAAAACCAAAUAAAGUGUCAGUUGCCAUAGAUGCGACUCCAUCAGCUAGAGAUAGUGUUGUUUUGAGACAACAACCCAUAGAAUUUACCAAGAAAACAAGAGCUGAUGUCAUCAUUGACGAAAUGAGUGAAGAUAGCUCAUUUUCUUCCUUUCCGAGUACUGAGAUUGACGAUGAGCAGGUGGAAAAUGUGGACAUAAAUCUCGAACCAACUGUUGUGAAAAUAGAACAUUUUCGAUCAGUUUCGGAUCCAGAACCGCCCCAGCCUGUAGUUAAAUUACAAACAUUUUCUGAUAUCAAUGUUACGAGUCGUGAUGAGGUGGACUUUCAAUGUUCAUCACCACCGACAGCCGAAGAAACUCUUCAGACUAUAAAACGACGAAAUUUUCCGAAGGUUUUACCAGAUUAUCCAGAACAAGAGGAUGUCACAAAAAGAUACACACUUCCAGCUGUACAUGAUAUUCGCCUGUUACAAUUUGCAAAAACACCACCACCUCCACCGCCUCGGAUAUCAUCAACACUUAGAAGAAAUAGUAGGGCUUCAGAUUCUGUUGAUCAGGCAGGCAACAAUGAAGUUCCAAAAUCGGAGGAAUCGGUGGCAGAUGCUACCAUCAACUCUUCAUUACAAAUUGGGCCUCUGGUUCCCCGAGUAAGGGAAAUCGAUAAGGAUUCCAGUGCAAAUAUAUAUGAUAAUCUGAAGAAGUCAAGUGCUACAAGCAAUAAUUCUGCCAGAUUAAUCGAGCAGCCAAGAUACGUGAUCGGCCCAACAUCGAGUGGUCCAUGCAAGGGUAUGGCAAAUAAGCCAAUCGGUGCACGUGUUGAUCUCGCGCCUACUAGGGUAAUAGCUGGCAAACGUGAGCUUACUGAUUUUGGACACUAUGAUAUAGAUGGAAAAUGGAUAAGGCGGUAA